ACAGUACUUUUGCACCGCGGGCGACACUAUCUGGAAGCCGAACAUUGAUUAAUUUGAUUAAUUAAAAGACAAAGCUCAAAGCUUACUGCCAAUCGGUGAUCUUCAUCACGAAGAUGAGAAUAAGAUUUGGGAGUACUUACUGGGGAGGAUAGUGCAGGCAUCAGGCUGUGCUGCCCUUCGAAAGAAGCCCCCUUCAAUUGUUGACUAGAUGGAUGUGUCGUCAGACGAGGGCCUGAAUGAAGAGAAUGAGGCCAUGGAAUUUCUCAUUUAUUGCGGCUGCUCCCUCCCUGAAGUUAUCAGUUAUACUACUUAUUCUUUCCAGUCAUGUUUGUCCUCUGCGGUAUCUCCCUUCUUGUUUCGAGUCGUCUUUUGAGAAGGCACACGCCGCACCGCGUUUGGCAGUUUAGCUACGAGCUUUGGGUCCUUUUCUGAUCGUUGUCCUUCUUUUUCCCUUUUUUUGGAGACUCGAGUCUGUCGACACUUUGCCGGCCAUGACAAGAGAUUGGGAGGAGGUCAAGGACGAUAUCAGACAGCUCUACCUGGAGCAAGAUCUGACCUGUACCGAGGUAAUGUUGGAGAUGCGGAGACGGGGAUUUCACAAGUCAAGACGGUCGUACAAGAACUGUUUCAAGCGUUGGGGCUUUAGAAAGACUAGGAGACGGGCUGGAAACAUUGGUGCAUUGCCACGGGGAUUGCCAAUCGACCAACGGAUGCCGGUUGCUGACGAUGAUACUACGUUAUCACCGCUCAGCGAUCACGCACGUCCGAGGUACUCGCAGGCUAACCACUUCGUCUCCUUCGCACCGAGCACAACCGUGGCAUACCCUACUAGUCCUGGGGCCCAUGCAUCUGGCCAUCCUGAGAUCGGAGAGCCCCUGUCUGUGAUUGACCAGACUUUUGCGAACUUCUUCUUCAACUUACAAGACGAAUGGGGCUACACAAAGCUCCAUCAAGCUGUCAUGAACGAACAAGCAAACGAGGUGAAAGCAUUGCUGAGCCGAGGCGCAGCAAUUAAUGUUCCGGAUCGGAUGGGCAACUUGCCAGUGCAUUACACUGCUGACCAUCAGGACGAGAAGAUUGUCAGAUUCCUACUCGGCUAUCGCAUGGGAAAAAUCGAGCCCAUGGUCAAGCAAGACCUUGCUCGAAUCACGCUUGACCAUCGAAAUGCGGACGGAAAUACCCCUCUGCAUCUGGCCAUUUCAGCAAGAAGCUUAAACCAUGAUCAUGAAAGGAGCAUUGUGACCCGUCUUCUGAAAGCCGGGGCCAAGCCUUAUAUCCCCAACAAUCUUGGUGUGACUCCGAUACAGAAGGCUGUGGAACUCGUUUCACCGACCAUGAGCUGGGAUCAUGGACGCCAUGUUGACAAAAUGCUGACGGCCAAGGCCGCUGAUCUCACAACUGAGAAGAUAACAUCUCUGUUUAAGCUCUUCCUCGCAAAUUCAUACAUUGCUUGGGCUGACGUUAACAGCCACCUCAACGAAUUGUUCAGGAGCUUUCUAGGCAAUGGUGCUGAUCCGGAUGUCACGAUCGGGCCGAACUCUCAGCGUCUACUGACAUACUUCUUGCACUACUGCUAUGAGACUCGCUCUACCUCCCAGAAAUGUGACACCCGGCUUGCAACCUUGAUAUGUAAGAAAUUAGAUGUUGCGAGAGUCAACAGCAUAGGCGAGACAUGUGUCCAUGAGCUCAUUAGGUUCCUGGGUGCUUGGUGCUAUGAUCCUUCAAUCUACGAAUUACUCCAGAUCGUGGUGGAAAGGGGCGCGGAUGUCAAUCACCUCAACAUGGCUCAGCAAUCGCCUCUGAUGCUGCUCUUGAGGAAAAGGCGGCUGGUAGACGACGUCUACACGGUGCUGGCAUUCCUUCUCAGUCGCGGAGCAAAUCCACUGAUCCCCGAUGCGGCCGGGAAUUUUCCCAUAUAUGUGGCCGUUCGAAAAAAUCCCUGGCUGGGAUCCAAGCUUGCAAAAAUGAUCCUCCACGUGGACAAUGGAUUAGACACGAAUUUCCCCUGGCGGUUUACCUGGUGGCAAUCGUGGAUGCAGGCUAUCGCCUCGGAAGAUUGGGACACGUCGGUAGCGAUGCUUCAACAGACUGACUACUCACCACCACCCGACAUCCAGGCCCUACUGUACCGGCUGGCGUUGGCCGUUCUCGCCGAAAAACACCUGCGUCGAGCAAAAGACUGGUAUGAGAACAGUGAGAAAAGUCCUGAGCAGCAGGACCAACACCGGACCACUGUGAGAAAUAUACUCCUGAAGAACCCGUGGCUGGAUAUUGAUACAGACUGGUUCAUAUACCUGCUGAAAUUGUAAGCUUGCAAGUGGAUAAUUCAUUGCUGUUGAUAUAGACGACCUUAGCAUUUUUCAAGUUUUUAUUAGACUCGGUCUGCAAUCUUAC